AUAAUGCAAAUUUCAAAGUGAAAUAAAAAUCCUUUCUUUGAAAGCUCUUUCAUUAAUCUUCAUCACUUCCCCUCUAUCGAUCAUUGCUUCUUCUUCCCCUCUUAACCUUCUCUUCUUAAACCCCUAGUUUCUGUCCCCAAUUUGCUCAAUUUGACCUUGAAUUUCCACCCAAACCCCCAAAUUCGAAGUCGAUUGUUUCGCGCCACAGAAGAAAUGGAUUCGAAGCCGGAAGAGGACCCUCGCACCACCACCUCCGCCGCCGUGAGCACGGCGCCAGAGUACAACAGCAGCAGCGUCAAGAAGGCUAGAUUGGAAUCAACCUUGGCGGCGCUUCUCACUGAUCCAGUUCUCGCCGACGUUCCAAAGAAACCUAUGUUGUCCGACGUCGACACUCUCAUCAACUUGGAGCUCGGAAGCGCCAUGCGUCUCACCGUCCUGAAAUUGGAUGGAACAUCCUUCGAUGUUGCCUUGAUGAAUACUGCGACUUUGAAGGACCUGAAACUGGCAGUUAAGAAAAAAGUGAAUGAAAUGGAGGAGUCAAGGAUGGGUCAUCGUCAAAUUUCGUGGAGACACGUGUGGGCGAAUUUUUGCCUUUCACACCACAACGAGAAGCUGCUCGAUGACAAUUGUUCACUUCACGAUUAUGGCAUCAGGAACAAUUCUCAGGUACAAUUCAUUUCCUAUGUCGCUUCAAAAGCUUCCCGAAGACACCAAGGGAGCAGAAAGCACCGUUUCUUUCAUGGUUUAAACAGAAAAUCUUAAGACUAUGGAUUUUAGUAGUCUUUUGUGUGUACUGAUCGAUAGAUAGAUAGAUAGAUAGAUAGAUAGAUAGAUAGAUAGAUAUCUUGCUUAGAUCUUCAGUUUCUUUUGAACAUUUUUCUUGCUCAA